UUUCUCGUUCUCCACUCCAAAGAUCCCAACCCGUCGCUUGCUCUACGUCAUGAUUACCGGCGAUCAAGGAACGGCUGUGUCCACGACAUCGAACCACUGCCUCGUCUUUAGUUUCUUACGAUCUAUAAAGCCCUCAAAGAUGCUGGGACAGAAGUCGCACGACACUCACCGCUGAAUACCGAGGAGACAGGACUUUUUCGUUGACCAGAACCAUGAAGGCCGUGACACCCAUCAUCGCGCUGCUCGCUACGGCCGAAGCAACAUGCGGAAUCCCCAGCACCGGAACCACCAAGCUGAGGGAGGAGGCGGGCAAGAAGGGCAUUCUCAUCGGCUCCGGAGCGAUCAAUCCGACCUACCUCGAUGACCCUCGGUUCGCGGCCGUCCUUGCCGAGCAGUUCAACAGCCUCUCUCCCGAAAAUGAGCUGAAGUGGUCGUUCAUUCACCCAACCGAAGGCAGCUUUACCUGGGAAACGAUCGACCGCCUGGUUGACUUCGCGGAAGCCCACGGCAUGAUGGUCAAGGGACACGGGCUAAUCUCGAGCUGCUGCAACCCCGACUACCUGCUCAGCAUCACCGAUCCCACAGCAUUCCGUGCUGCAAUGGCGGCUCACUUCGAGGCGGUCAUGCACCGGUACGAGGGCAGGGUGGACCGGUGGGAUGUCGUCACCGAAGCCCUCAAAACACAGGGCGGCGGCCUGCAAGCCAACGACUUCUACAACGUGCUCGGCCCCAGCUACGUCGAAGAGGCCUUCCGCAUCGCCCGAGCGGCAGUCCCGGACGCCAAGCUGUUCAUCAGCGACAAUCUCGUCGAGUCGCUCCCCGGCAAGCGCCAGGACCUGUACGACCUGGUCUCCGGGCUCGUGGCCAACAGCGUCCCGAUCGACGGGGUCGCCCUGCAGAUGCACAUCACCGAAGUCCCCCCCACACCAGGCGUGAUCACCGACAUGGUCAACGCCUACAGGGAGCUCGGCCUGGAAGUGGCCAUCUCUGAAAUGGAUGUCCACACGCUCAACACCACACUCCAGGCCGACAUCUACGGCGCCGUGAUCAGCGAGGCUCUGAGCGCGGGCAUCACCGACAUCACCUUCUGGGGCUUCACGGACAAGCACGCCUACACCUGGCUGCCGGGUGCGAAGCCGUUGCUUUUCGACGAGAACUAUCGCGCCAAGGCUGCGUUCUAUGCCACUCACACUGCCCUGACGGACUUUGUCCGCGCUCCCUAAUUGGGGGCUCGAGCACUGUUGGCAAUGGAGCCCAGAAGGCGCGCCAGGGUCAGGUUGUAGCCCCAAGGCCUCGAGCACCCCAAUGUGCGGAAUGGUUUAGAUCGAGGCUGGGACUGGGCGAACUCGACGUCCCGCAUUGUGUACGAUAUCAGCAUUAGCGUGUGAUUUGGACCAAAUUUGCCAUGAAAACGUACCUCUCCCGACCCUGCUCAGUCUCGAGCUCCACAGUCUGGUAUGCCGCUCCAAACGUGUCCUUGUAGUUCUUGACGACGGGAAGCAUGAUCAUCUGCACGGCCGUCCCUUGAGGGAGGUGCUUGGCCGGGUUUCGGUGCAACGUCGUGGCCUCC